AUGGGGUCACGAUUUAAAGGCGACACCAAAGACCCGGCGGUCAACGUCACAACUUGGGUUCUUUUGGUUACAAUCAUUUUCAGUGUCUCUGCUCGAGUAGGGACUAAAUUCCGACUGUUCAAAAAACUGACCGUGGACGACCUUUUGAUUAUUGUAUCUUUGGUCUUUGCUAUCGGUCAGAGUAUCGCUAUAUCGCUGGCAGUUGGAUCCGGCUAUGGAAAUCAUUACAAAGCUGUCUCCAGUCCUGAAGCGGACCAGGUGAUGAAGAACCUCUUCGCCGGGUCUCUGCUAUACAUCCUCAGUCUAGCGUUCUCGAAACUAUCCCUAGCUAUAUUCAUCCGGAACCUUACACCAUCAUUGAAGGACAAGAAGCUCGCCCGAGCGGUUGAAACCAUUAUCUAUGCCUGGGCGGUUGUUGCAAUUUUCGGGACUGCAUUCCAAUGCUCCUUGCCACGCACUUGGGAUUUUUGGAAAGGCCAGUGCUUUAAUGUGAGCAUACUGACGAGGCUCAAUGGGGAUUUGCAGUUGGCAUGGCGCUACUUCAUUGCUAUCUCGAAUAUUCUUACCGACCUCUUAAUCUUCGCGCAGGCGAUGAUCCUGAUCGCCAGUAUCCAAACGACGCUAGAGCGACGCCUGAUAUUUGCGAGUAUCUUCCUACCCCGGCUUUUUGUGGUUGUCGCAACUAUCGUUGAGAUUGCAUUUAUCAAGAAAGGCACUAAAACUACCGAUCCGACCUAUACUAUGUGUGAUAUCACAAUUUUCGAAGUGAUUAUCCAAUGCUUGAGCAUUGUUACUGCUUGCUGGGGUCAACUGAAGCCCUUCCUAUCAUGGAUGCGAUCCAAUGGACUCAAGCUCGAUGGCGUGGAGGACCCUACCUCCUGGAACUAUAAGAUGAGCACGCGAUCGCAGACGCGGUCUAAAUCGCGGGACCGCAAGAGCCGAUUGGAGAGCCAUGAGAUUUUCCCUCUGCCGAUGCGGCGAGAUCAAAUCCUCGUAACGCAAGACUGGGAAGUGGACAGCCAGUCGAGCCGGGCGCACAUCGUGGAGUCCGAGCCCCGCCCCUGGACGGGCGACGGCCAACGAUCGCCCAAUCAACCAAGUUAG